CAACGUCAUUUACUCCUGAGAGCGAGAUUCUUGGGAGAGUGGAGACAAAUCGCCACUCGAAUCCCGGGAGAUGAAGUCGCAUUGUUGUUUCUCAGGGACGGCGCAUGGCGUAUGCGAUUGUUACCACGCGGCGAAGGAAGCUUCGCUUAGGUCUUCUCCGUGAUCUUAAACGCUUUCCACAUAACUGAUGUUUUCCAAAAAUGCAGCCACCAGUCCUUUUGGUCAAAUCCUGCUCGCUUCGGAUUGCUACCACAUGAUCUUCAGAGUAUUUAUUUAGAUCUGCACGAUAGUGGGGCUUCCUCUUGAUGAUUGGAGAGUAAUGGAGAAUAUUCUUAAAACCAGGAUCACAUCUCAUUCUGAUGAUCUUCUUUGUUCAUCUGAUCUGCAUCUCGAGUCAGAAGGAGACAGGGUUUAUCUAUAAUGGCUUUGGUGGCCAAGCAAACCUUUCUACUGACGGCGUUGCCAAGAUUCUUCCGGGAGGACAGUUGCAGUUGACCGAUGGAUCCGGGCAGGAAAUGGGACAUGCUUUCUUGAAGAAGCCUUUUGAGUUCACUUCACCUGAAUCACUCUCUUUCUCAACACAAUUUGUGUGUGCUCUGGUGCCUAAGCCAGGAUUUAUCGGUGGUCAUGGUAUCGCCUUUGUUCUGUCUGCUUCCAUGGAUCUCACACAUGCAGAUGCGACGCAGUUCUUGGGACUUUUUAACAUCUCCACUCAAGGAUCCUCCUCUUCUCAUCUAGUCGCUGUUGAGCUUGAUACUGCCCUCAGCGCUGAGUUUGAUGACAUCAAUGCCAAUCAUGUCGGUAUCGAUGUCAACGGCCUUAUCUCUAUCGCAUCGACCCCUGCUUCUUACUUUUCCGAGAUAAAAGGUAAGAACGAAAGCAUAUCGCUUCUGAGUGGAGCUCCUAUUCAAGUCUGGGUGGACUACGGAGGAAACGUGCUUAAUGUUUCGCUGGCCCCUCACAAAAUUCAAAAGCCAAGUCAGCCUCUUUUGUCAACAUCUCUUAACCUUUCAGAAUCUUUCCCAGAUAGAAAGAUUUAUCUUGGGUUCUCUGGAGCGACAGGGACACUGAUCAGUUACCAAUACAUACCACUGCAGACCCUGGAUGUCACUAAGCUUCCUCGAGUCCCUCCUCAUAAAGCUAAAAACGAGAGACCAUCAACGCUGCUUAUUGUUCUGCUAAUAUUACUGGCAGUCAUAUUGUUUUUGGUUCUUGGAGCAGCUUUCGCCUACAGGAGAAGGAAAUCUGCAGAAGUAAGAGAAGAAUGGGAAGGAGAAUAUGGUCCACACCGCCUUUCCUAUAAAACUCUGUACAAAGCGACCAAAGGGUUCCACAAGGAUGGACUUCUCGGGAAAGGAGGCUUUGGAGAAGUGUACAAAGGAACUCUGCCUUCCCAUGGAGAAAUAGCAGUGAAAAGAGUGUCGCACGAGGCAGAGGAAGGGAUGAAGCAGUUUGUGGCUGAAAUCGUGAGCAUGGGUACUCUGAAGCACAAGAAUAUGGUUCCACUUCUUGGGUACUGUAGAAGAAAAGGUGAGUUACUUCUGGUAUCUGAAUACAUGCCCAAUGGUAGUCUUGACCAAUACUUGUUCUACGACGAUAAACCUCCCUUUUCAUGGCGUCGGAGACUUAUAAUCAUCAAGGAUAUAGCUUCAGCUUUAAAUUACAUGCAUACAGGAGCUCCUCAAGUUGUUCUCCACCGGGAUAUCAAGGCUUCUAAUGUUAUGUUAGACGCUGAAUAUAACGGAAGGUUAGGGGACUUUGGUAUGGCGAGGUUUCAUGAUCAUGGAGCAGACCCUGCUACAACUGCCGCUGUGGGAACCAUUGGCUACAUGGCACCGGAGCUUGUUACCAUGGGAGCUUCCACUGCAACCGACGUUUAUGGCUUUGGUGCCUUCCUACUUGAAGUUACAUGUGGGAGGAGACCCGUUGAGCCUGCGUUGCCAGAGGAAAGAAGGUCUUUGGUUAAGUGGGUCUGCCAAUGCUGGGAGAUGGCUUCUUUGCUCGGAGCUAAAGAUCCGAGAAUGAGAGGUGAAAUCUCAGCUGAGGAAGUGGAAAUGGUAUUGAAAAUUGGAUUGAUUUGCAUGAAUGCUGUGGCGGAACUGAGACCUUCGAUGGAAGAAGUGAUGCAAUACUUAAAUGGAAGCCUAAAGCUGCCUGAUAUCACCCCACAUUCUCCUGGAAUAGGGUCCUUUGUACCACUGAUUAUGGGAUCAUACCCGCUCCCUGCCUCCCCUACUACGGAGACCUUGUCAGCAUCCCUUUACUCUUCUUCCUCAGCCAACGACUCUACAUUUGUCACUCACUCCAUUGUCUAUGGGCACGGACGGUAGAAAACAUGGGAAACUUUCUCCUCUAUUUUAUUAAGUUUACUUGGAAUGAGAAAAGCCAUGUUAGGGUUGUGUGAAGUAACUCUAGUUGGCGGGAGUACCAUUGUGCUCCACUUGUGAAAUUUAUUCUAAUACGACACAAAGACAUCCCAGCAUUGAAAAGUAAUGCUUGGAGUCUUUUGUAGAAAUGUUUUUCUUAGGAUUUGUAAAUUUUGA